GAAAAAUGGGACCUUAUCUUUUUUUUCUUUUUGUUCUUUUCCCUUUUUUUUUCCUAUCACUUUAUUUUAUUUUUCAUGAGUUCGAAUAAGAACUAUAAUGCUAUUCCUGAAACAGAGGAACAACCUUUGAAUGGUAUUUCUCUUUCUCCAAUCAAAACAAGACGAAACCGUAUUAUUAGUGGUCUUGUUAUUUGUAUUGGAAGUGUCAUUAUUAUUACUACUUCAUUCUAUCUAUUGACUGGUAACAAUGCUACACCCAAACGUAAUGUGAUCAUGAUGAUAAGUGAUGGUUUUGGUCCUGCUUCGGAAACAUAUGCUAGACAAUAUCACCAAUGGAGAGAAGGAUUAGAACCUAAAAAUUCAAUGUUACCUUUAGAUGAAAUUCAUGUUGGACAUAGUCGUACUCAAAGUUCUUCAAGUCUAGUGACUGAUAGUGCAGCAGGUGCAACUGCCUUUUCUUGUGGUCUCAAAACUUAUAAUGGCGCUAUUGGAGUCGAUCCAUCUAAACAACCUUGUGGUACUGUUCUUGAAUCAGCCAAACAUCAUCAUGAUAUGUUGACUGGAUUAGUGGUGACCUCUCGUAUUACUCAUGCAACUCCUGCAUCAUUUUCUGCUCAUAUCGAAUGGCGUGAUUGGGAACCGGCUAUUGCGGAACAUCAAAUCGGUCAUAAUCCUUUAGGUAGAUCAGUAGAUUUGAUGUUUGGUGGUGGUUCUUGUGAAUUCCUUAGUAAUUCUACUACUGGAAGCUGUCGUGCUGAUCAACGUGAUUUAUUCAAAGAAGCUCAAGAUCAAUUUGGUUGGACUGUCAAACGUACUAGACAAGAAUUUGAUAAUAUCAAACCUGAUGAUUCUGAAUUACCUCUCAUGGCUAUCUUUACACCUCAGCACAUGUCUUAUGAAAUCGAUCGUAACCCUUCUAAAGAACCUUCUCUCAAAGAAAUGACAACCAAGGCUUUAUCUAUUCUAUCCAAUGCAUCAAAACGAUCGGACCGUGGGUUUUUCUUGAUGAUUGAAGGAAGUCGCAUUGACAUGGCUGCUCAUUCAAAUGAUCCUGCUAGUCAUCUUCAUGACAUCAUGGAAUAUCAACGUACAGUUGAGGUAGUGAAGGAAUUUGUUCGAAAUAAUCCCAAUACAGUGGUGAUUUCCACAAGUGAUCAUGAAACUGGUGGUCUUACUCUUGGUAGACAAGUAGGUGAAGAUUAUCCUGAAUAUAAAUGGAAUCCUGAAGUUAUUAGUCGCGUAAUGAAUUCAUCUGAACACUUGGCUAAUGUAUGGAAUCAAGCUACAGAAACAAAUAUUGCAAGUCUAGAUUACUUAAAAUCGACCAUUAUUGCUGAUGGUCUCGGUGUUACAGAUCCUUCCAAAGAAGAACUUGAUAAAGUGAUGGCUUGGAAAACUAGUGGUAAACCAUUGGAAGUAUUGGUUACUUAUUUUGGAGAUAUCGUUAGUCGUCGAGCAUUGAUUGGGUGGACAACAUGGGGUCAUACUGGUGUGGAUGUUAACUUGUAUGCUUUGGGUGAAAAUGCACAAAUUCUUCGGGGAAGCCAUGAAAAUACGGAAAUUGGCGACUUUAUUGUGAAUUAUUUGGGUCUGGAUUUGGACGAUAUCACUCAACGAUUGACAAAAGGCAGCAACUUUAGCCAAACAUUCAAGACGAAUGACUAUACCAACAUGAUAUCUGAUCAUCAACGUUACAACAACUGAUUUAGAUUUAACUGCUCCAACUUUUUUCUUUCUUUCUCUUUUUGUACUUUUGUCGAUUUUAGUAUAGUUUUUAUUAGUACUUUCUUUUCUUUUUUUUUUUUUUU